UGAAAGGAUGGAUGUCAAAGAAAACUAAUAGUGAAAUCAAAAGCAAGAAAUAAGAAAAGUAACAAGAAAAAAGAUUUUUCAGUUAGCGAGAGAGAUAAUAAACGACGAAUUGGCCAGAACAAAAUAAAGUCAGUAUGAUGGAAGGAGUAUCGAACAUGGUUGUCUGCCAAUAAAAGAUCUUGGCUUUAACUCAACCACGACAAAUUUUUGAAUGUGCUCAGACCAUGAUAAAACUGUCAAAAAGCACGUCAUCCACAUGCUGGAGAGAGGCGGUAACGAGGUGCCGUGUGUGUAACACGAGCAGUUGGACACAAAUUCGAAAAUCGAAUCAUCGAACAUUCGAAAAUGUGAUCGAUUUAAAACAAUGUUAUCCUUUACCAAAUUUUUGGUAACUCGGACGUGGCAAAUUAAUUCACAAAAUGGAGCCAAACAAAGAGGAGAAUGUAAAGACGUACGAAAAUGAAGAAGAAAGACAGAAACAAAUAUCUCAAGACCACCAUCUUAGAAGCUGUCCCGGUGAUGUUGAAAUACCGAACCGUAUUUUUGUGAAAGGAUUUGCAAAAGACUGCUCUGAAGAAGAAUUGAAAAGCUUUUUUGAAAUAUAUGGAUUAGUUCACGAUGCGAAAAUUGUGCGCGAUAAUACAGGUAUCAGUAAAGGCUAUGGAUUUGUGACAUUUGAUAGUCAAGAAAUUGCAGAAAAAGUGAAAGCUAUGGGUAAUGUGAUGUACAGAGACCGCGAUUUAGUGCUGGGACCUGCCAAACUUCGAAAAAAGAAGCCUGUUUUGGGUAUUAGAUUUCGUUCAGAUCAAUACGGAUGGCAGAUUCCCCAGCAUCACGUUCCUUGUUACAUUUCUCCAGAUGGUGUUUGGUAUUUUCAAACAAUGCCAGUGGUUCCUUCAUUUCCACCAACUCAUUACCAGUUUGAGCCUUAUGCACCGUCAUACAGUCCCAAUUGUUACCCCGACUCUGCACCCACAUCUCCAACAUGGCCUGUAGUGCCACAGAUGCAAGUGCAAAUGCAAGCACAACCAGUAACUAAUCCACCACCGCAACCGCCGCAGCAACCACUUCCACCGCCACCACAAAAUGCUCCACUUAUCACCCAUGAAUCGCACACAGUGUAUAACCAUGCAAACUCAACUGCAACUCCUGUAACAUUCACAACCUAUCCCAUUAGUACGUGUAUUUUCCAGCUUAUCAACCCUGUAGCCAAAAAGACACUUGUCCCUAAAAGUCAAAUUAAACUAAGUUUGUUUAACUGCACAUGUUUUAGAUUUGAGGAUUCUUCACUUUUGUUUUUGUUUUUCUGGUUAGUCCUGUCAAAAAUGCGUUACACAAGCUUCCUUCAAAACUACACAAGUCAUGGCUAAGAAAUGAACCCGUAACUAGAUUUUCUAUUUCACUUUUAGAUGUGAAUACGUUAACACCAGCAAACGAACAAUACUUCAAAUUGCAGAAAAGUUCUGCGGACAAAAUGGAACUACAAACAGCCAUGGCUUGUACAUCUCCGGUCCACUGCGUCCCAGUACAUUAUGACGGUAGUUUCAUUUCAACAGAAGAGUCUGUCAUCCCAGCCGAGGUAGGUCAGGGUAG